AUGAUACCAAAGAUCGCGUCAUUGAUUCCGGAUCAACAGAUUGACCGCUCGAAUAUUAAAAUUCCGAAGAAUCUCAACUUAGCAGAUCCAGAAUUUCACCGUCCAGCACCGAUCGAUCUGUUACUCGGCUCUGGAACUGCAUUGUCGCUCGUAAGCGUCGGACAGAUCAAUCUCUCUCCUCCUGAUGGACCCGACUUAUAUCUACAGAAGACGAGACUCGGAUGGGUCAUAGGGGGGAGUCCACCAAAACCAAUAAAAUCACGAAUUGUUUCUUGCAACGCGACUACCGCGCUACAACACGACCUCGCACGCUUCUGGGAAAUAGAAGAAGGUCCUCAACUACAACUUCUCUCAGAAUCGGAUAAAUUCUGCGAGAAACAUUUUCAGCAACACGUCAAGAGGAAUUCCGACGGACGGUACGUGGUCGCAUUGCCUUUUAAUGACAAGUUGUUGUUGCUGGGAGAAUCCAGAGCAAGAGCAUUGAAACGCUUGGAAUCUCUCGAGCGAAAGCUGCAACGAGACGCCACGUUGAGGGGGGAAUAUCACGCGGUCAUUCAGGAGUACCUUGACCUUGGACACAUGACCAAGGUCACGAACAUUCAGUGCCCAUCCGAUGGAUAUUACCUGCCUCAUCAUGGAGUCACGAAGAUCACAAGCGAGACCACGAAACUCCGCGUGGUGUUCGACGGUUCCGCGGCUACUAGCUCGGGCAUCUCAUUGAAUGACGCGCUGCAUAUAGGACCACGAAUACAGGAAGACUUGUACAUUCUUCUACGAUUUCGCGUUCACCGUUACGUGAUAACCGGUGACAUCGAGAAAAUGUAUAGGCAAUUUCUCGUACGUGACGAGGAUCAAAAAUAUCAACGCGUCCUGUGGCGUGAUGCGAGCCGUGAAAUUCAGACGUACGAGCUAAGGACGGUCACUUUCGGACUUUCCGCGGCACCCUACCUGGCAAUCCGCUGCCUUACGCAAUUGGCCCAGGAUGAAUGUCAUCGGUUUCCUCGUGCCGCCCAGAUAUUGCGUCGCGACUUUUACGUGGACGACCUGUUGACUGGGGCAUCUACAUUGCAAGAGGCAGCGUCAUUGCGGGGAGAUCUGACGCAAUUACUAAAAUUAGCUUCCCUCAACAUUCGUCAGUGGGCAUCCAACCAUGAAGAUCUUUUGCGAAACCUCCCAGAAGAGUCUAUAAACAGGAAGAUUCGUAUCGGGGAAUCAUCAACGCUGAAGACUUUAGGAAUAAUUUGGGAUUCUGCAAAUGACUCCAUAUCAUAUGAAGUCAAAACACAGAUCGCAAAUUCAUACGUUACUAAGCGAUUUAUUACGUCAGAAAUCGCCAAAAUUUACGACCCACUGGGUCUUAUCGGACCGGUCAUUAUUGUUGCAAAGAUGCUGCUCCAAAGAAUUUGGACCAUCAAAGUGGAUUGGGAUGAAUCCUUACCAAUGGACAUCCACACAGAAUGGAAACAGUUUCAUAGGCAGCUUCCUCUCUUAAAUAGCACCGUUUUCCGGAGGAGAACCGUGAUCGACACACCAAGCAGGAUCGAAUUACACGGUUUCUGCGACGCUAGUGAAAAAGCUUAUGGAGCCUGCAUCUACAUUCGCUCAUCGGAUAUGCAUGACAAUACGACCGUAGAACUUUUAUUAGCCAAAUCUAAAGUGGCACCAUUGAAAACACAGAGUAUUCCACGACUAGAACUCUGCGGAGCCUUGCUCCUAACGACAUUAUACAAUACCGUUAAAAAAGCCCUACAUGUAAAGCUCAACCGUACCAUUUUCUGGACCGAUUCAACAGUCGUUCUUCAUUGGUUACAAACGUCACCGCAUACAUUAAAAACAUUUGUCGCCAACCGGAUUUCGGAAAUUCAAGCGCGAACCAAUAUAGGAGAUUGGCGUCACGUUCCGACAACAGACAACCCGGCAGACCUUAUCUCGCGCGGGCAACAUCCUGAAGAAUUUUUGCAGCCUUCCAUCUGGCAUCACGGGCCAGAAUGGCUCAAGCAUGAGGAAGUCACGUGGCCAACGAGAGAUCUGGUACCGUGCAACUUCAUUCCGGAGCAGAGGACUGCAACCUGUUUAAAGGUCAGUCCUCUGGAUACUAACAUCCUUGACGAUUACUCUUCGUGGGAGAAAAUGCAAAGGAUAGUCGCAUGGUGCCUUCGGUGGAAAGGGGACAACAUGAUUAAGGGUCCCCUAACGCCGGUAGAAUUGAGGCACGCUCGUGACGUCAUUAUUAAACUCCUGCAACGGAUACAUUUCUCCAAAGAAUUGCGAUGCUUAUCGUCAAGUUCCAACCCUGAAAUCGCGGGAAAAUUACAAAGAUUGUCCCCAUUCGUAGAUAAAGACGGGAUUGUCCGAGUUGGCGGUCGGCUAAAGCAUUCUUCAAUGCCUUUUACACAACGUCACCCUAUAAUUUUGCCAAAGGCACGUGUCACAGGUCUCAUCAUUGAAGCCGAGCACCGAGCUCAACUGCAUGCUGGGGUUCAAGGUACAUUAUAUGCCGUUAGACGCCGUUUCUGGCCUAUUGACGGUCGCAACCAGGUAUGGAAGGCGUUACGCACCUGUACCCGUUGUCUCCGGGCCCGACCACCGGCCACCAAUUACAUUAUGGGUGAAUUGCCAGAAGCAAGGGUAACGGAAGCUCGGCCAUUUACUAACGUAGGGGUAGAUUACUGUGGCCCUUUUUACAUCAAGGAACGCCGUCAUCGUAAUCGCACGCGAAUAAAGGUUUACGUAGCGGUCUUCGUCUGCCUCGCAGUUAAGGCAGUUCAUUUAGAGUUGGUGAGUGAUCUUACCAGCGAAGCAUUCAUCGCAGCGCUCAGAAGAUUCAUUGCUCGACGCGGGUAUUGCGUUAAAAUACAUUCAGAUAACGGAACCAAUUUCGUUGGAGCAAAUAACGAAAUACAGGAAAUUCAACGACUCAUCAGAUCGGACGAACAUAAUACAAAGGUACAAAACUUUCUCGCACAACGGUCAAUAGAGUGGAGCUUCAUACCACCACGCGCACCACAUUUUGGGGGUUUAUGGGAAGCAGCUGUAAAGUCCUUCAAAAACCAUCUCCUUCGCGUCGCGGGUACUGAGCUAUUCACUUUCGAGGAUUUUAAUACCUUGAUUAUUGAAAUUGAGUCAAUUUUAAAUUCCCGACCAUUAACACCCAUGUCUUCAGACCCUAAUGACCUCCUAGUGUUAACACCCGGUCAUUUCCUGAUUGGCGAUUCGCUUACGAGUCUACGUGAGCGAGACUACUUAGACACGCCUCCAAAUCGUCUUUCGAGCUGGCAGUUCAUUCAGAGGAUCAAGCAGCACUUUUGGACUCGUUGGCAUCGCGAGUAUUUAAAUGAGCUCACAAGACGUACCAAAUGGAGCAAAGGAGAACAUCCCAUCAAAGAGGGCACGUUAGUCCUUCUUAGGGAAGACAAUGUACCUCCCAUGCAAUGGGCCUUGGGUAGGGUGCUCAGAACGUACCCGGGUUCCGACGGCAUCAUUCGCACCGUGACAAUUAAAACGGCUGCGAGUGAGCUAGAUCGGAGCGUGAAGCGUCUGGUACCCUUGCCUUAUCAGGUCGAAGAAAGAAGCAACGAGCCGGAAGAGCCAGCAUCGACAGCGAAUGUCAAUCCAAUCGAUGAUUGA